AUGGCGACGUGUUUUGGGGGCACUUUAAAGAGGGCGACAAAUGGCGACCGGCGCUCGAGUUUCAGUGAUGUCAGCGAGGACGCUGGCUCCCCGACGCGACUCCGGGCCGAAUCGCAGCUCCAGAAGAUCUCCGAGAGGCACGAUACCCUCCGAAAUGUUGGCGGUGCUCUGCGUCUUCUCUCAGCCCUCUUCAACAGCCAGGGAGAUGCGCGUGCCCCAGCAAGAUGGGAGGAACAGCGCCAGGUCAUGUCGCGAGCCGCGGCCGAGCCCACCCUUGCGGAGAAACAGGAGGAGUAUAACAAGAAGAAGGCCAACUUCAUGACGAGAACCUUUUGGACCUUUAUCAUGAUGGCUGGUUUCUUCUCCGCGCUAUUCAUGGGCCACAUCUACAUCAUCGUCAUCAUCACCGCCAUUCAGAUUAUUUCCUUCAGCGAGGUUAUCGCCAUUGCAAGCAUCCCCAGCAAGGCACGGCUGCUGCGAUCGACCAAGAGCCUGAACUGGUACUGGCUGGCCACGACCAUGUACUUUCUUUACGGAGAGACUGUUAUCUACUAUUUCAAGCACAUCGUCCUCGUCGACAAGAUGUUGCUUCCUUUGGCGACGCAUCAUCGCUUCAUCUCGUUCAUUCUCUAUGUCUUUGGCUUCGUUUUCUUUGUCGCGUCCCUCCAGGCUGGCAACUACAAGUUCCAGUUCACGCAGUUCGCCUGGACGCAUAUGGCGCUUUACCUCAUCGUGGUGCAGGCGCACUUCAUCAUGAACAACAUCUUUGAAGGGCUUAUUUGGUUCUUCCUGCCCGCCUCGCUCGUCAUCACCAAUGAUAUCUGGGCCUAUAUCUGCGGCAUCACCUUUGGCAGGACUCAGCUCAUCAAGAUCUCGCCGAAGAAGACGGUGGAGGGCUUCGUGGGCGCUUGGAUCAUGACCGUUUUCUUUGGCAUCAUCCUUACCAACAUUCUCACUCGCUCAAGCUACUUUAUCUGCCCGGUCACUAAUCUCGGUGCCAACAUUUUCACCGGUCUCAGGUGCACCCCUAACCCUGUCUUCAUUCCCAAGACCUACCAACUUCCUCAAUACUUCUUCCUUAAGGAGAAUACCGUCAUCUCCUUCGAGAUCACCCCCAUGCAGUUCCAUACUCUAGUCCUCGCCACUUUCGCCUCCCUCAUCGCUCCCUUUGGUGGCUUUUUCGCUUCGGGCCUCAAGCGCACGUUCAAGAUCAAGGAUUUCGGCCAGUCUAUCCCUGGCCACGGUGGCAUGACUGAUCGUAUGGAUUGCCAGUUCAUCAUGGGAUUCUUCUCCUUCAUGUACUACCACACUUUCAUCGCUCUGCACAAGGUUAAGCUUGGCACUGUGAUGGAGAUGGCCAUCACCGGCUUGACAGUCGACGAGCAGAUUGAGCUUGUUCGUGGAAUGGGCCGCUACCUAGCUAACCAGGAGGUCUUUGGCGAGAAGUUCGGCCCACCGUGGCUGUGUUUCCAAACCCGCUUCCCCGUCACCGGGGAACCUCUUUUCCACGAUGAGGAUGACGGUCCACUAAUACCGGCUUCUUCCACGGGCACGUCAGUCCGCCGACUCGCGCUCGAGUUCCCUAAAGUUCACCCGAACCGAGACCUCGUCAUCUUCCUCACGGCCAACGACGUCAUUGCAGGCCUUGCAGCGGCAGAGCGGAUCUACCAAGAUGAAGAACUGGCGGAAGCCAAGGUGCUGUGCAAUCAAGGCGGAAGGGUGGUUGUGUGGCACCGCCGGCUAGACCUUUUGGAAAUCGGUGAGCAGUUGGAUUUCGUCGAGGAGCUGCUCCAAGAACACCAUACGAUUGAUAUCCUGAUCAACAACGCGUCGGUGUGCUACGAAGCCAGCAAUAUCUUCAACGUCUCUCGGACUUUGCAGAUCAACUUUAGAAGUCCCGUGGACCUAUGCUCCAUCCUCGGGCUUCAGUUCAAUCGGGGUGGGGCCAUCGUCAACCUGUCCUGUCGCCUCGCUGACGCCACGACGUUCUCGGACGAGCGGGCGCAGGAGCUCCGCGAGGUAACUACCUAUCGCGAGCUAAACGCCCUGAUAACUCGGUACAGAGACGCAGUCGAUGUGGACAGGGUGGAGGAGGAGGGAUGGUCGAUUUUGCCGUACAUCAUGUCCAAGGCCUUCCUCGUGGCCUUUACGCGAAUCCUUGUCAAUGAAGAGAUACUUCCGGACGGGGUAUCAGCGUGGGCAUGCUGCCCCGGGGUGGUACGGGGAGGGAAUUAUCCCGAAGAGGAUCAGGCCGAGUUCAUGGAGCCGUCCGAGGCGGCCAAGGGCCCCGUCAUGUUGGCGCUUGGGACCAUGCCCGGGAUUGCGGAGGCUCCAAACGGGUCAUACUGGAUUGACGGGGAGGUGGUUGAGUGGUAA